AUUGACGAUUCGUUGAGUCCCGCCCGUGUCUCGGAGAAAAUCGUGAUUUAUUUUUCCCGUCACAAUUUUUCUGUGAUCUGUGCGGUUUUUCUCAAAUAAUUCUUAUUUCCCAGUGAAUUUAAAAGUAUUUUAAUACAAAAUGCAACCCCAAAUUGUUCUCCUGAAAGAAGGCACAGACACGUCUCAGGGUAAACCACAGCUGAUCUCAAACAUAAAUGCCUGUCAGGCGGUCGUGGAUGCUGUCCGGACCACUCUGGGUCCCCGUGGAAUGGACAAAUUGAUCGUGAACGGUGGCAAGGCGACUAUUUCCAAUGACGGAGCCACAAUUAUGAAGCUCCUGGAUAUUGUACAUCCAGCUGCUCGUACCCUUGUGGACAUUGCCAAGUCGCAGGAUGCCGAAGUGGGCGAUGGAACCACGAGUGUAGUCCUCCUGGCAGGAGAAUUCCUCAAGCAGGUGAAACCCUUCGUUGAAGAAGGCGUUCAUCCGCGGAUUAUCAUCAAGGCCGUCAGGAAAGCCCUUCAGUUGUGCGUUGACAAAAUCUCCGAGUUGGCAGUGAAGAUUGAGAAGAGCAACGAGGCUGAGCAUCGUGCUUUGCUGACAAAAUGUGCCGCCACAGCGAUGAGUUCAAAGUUGAUUCAUCAGCAGAAGGACUUCUUCUCCAAUAUGGUUGUUGAUGCUGUGCUGCAACUGGACGAUCUCCUUCCGCUUGAUAUGAUUGGAAUUAAGAAGGUCAGCGGGGGAGCCCUCGAGGAUUCCCUUCUCGUGAGUGGUGUGGCCUUCAAGAAGACCUUCUCCUACGCUGGAUUUGAAAUGCAACCGAAAUCCUACAAGAAUUGCAAAAUUGCUCUCCUCAACAUCGAAUUGGAGCUCAAAGCUGAGCGUUCCAAUGCUGAGAUUCGCGUGGAUAAUGUGCAGGAGUACCAGAAGAUCGUUGAUGCCGAAUGGCAGAUUCUGUACGAUAAAUUGGCGAAGAUUCAUGCUUCCGGUGCGAAUGUUGUCCUUUCGAAGUUGCCCAUUGGGGAUGUGGCUACACAGUAUUUUGCCGACAGGGAUAUGUUCUGUGCUGGACGUGUCCCCGAAGAGGAUCUCAGGAGGACACUGAAGGCCUGCGGUGGAGCUGUCUUGACCACAGUUCACGAUCUUGUUGAAUCAAAUCUGGGGACGUGCGAGUACUUUGAGGAACGUCAAAUUGGCGGGGAGCGCUUCAACAUCUUCCAGGGAUGUCCCAAUGCUAAGACCUGCACACUCAUCCUUCGCGGAGGAGCUGAGCAGUUCCUUGAGGAGACUGAAAGAUCCCUUCACGAUGCAAUCAUGAUUGUAAGGCGUACAAUCAAGAAUGAUGCUGUUGUAGCAGGUGGUGGAGCUAUUGAAAUGGAACUCUCCAAGAUGCUGCGGGAUUAUUCGCGCACCAUUGCUGGGAAGGAACAGCUGCUCAUUGGAGCCAUUGCCAAGGCCCUAGAAGUUAUUCCUAGACAACUAUGCGACAAUGCUGGCUUCGAUGCCACCAACAUUCUCAACAAAUUGCGCCAGAAACAUGCUCAAGGACAUUGCUGGUACGGUGUGGACAUUCAGAAGGAGCACAUUUCGGACAAUUUCGAGGCUUGCGUGUGGGAGCCGUCAAUUGUGAAGGUGAACGCCCUCACAGCAGCAUGUGAGGCGGCAACGAUGAUCCUGUCGGUGGAUGAGACCAUUAAGAGCCCAAAGUCGCAGGGAGAGGCACCACAGGCUGGUGGAAUGCCAAUGGGCAGAGGCAUGGGACGUCCCAUGAUGUAAACUCAACAACAACAAAAAAACAAAGGAAUUGCUUCUCAUUGCUUUCCAUCUACUACACAGAAUCAUAUUAUAAUUAUUUUUUGCAUUGAUCCACUUUUCCUAAAAUGUUUUCAAAAUGAAACAUAACAUUUUUGCUGUCUUGCAUUUUACACAGAUUAAAAAAGAAAAUUAACCAGA